AUGUUUUUGGCCUGCAAGAACCACAAACAGCACAUGAAAUUGAAGAGAACCAACUUGACAGGUCAUAGCAAACAAAUCGAAGCAACCAUGAAUUGCACACAAACGAUAGAGUGUGCGAGGGGCUUUGAACCGGGUGCUUGCGCGUCCCUCUUCCCCGAAGAAUCCAGCAAGCUUUUCAAGGCGGCCGAGAUCCACGGCUACUGCGGGAUUUCUCGAGGUGGCAAAGACGGCGUGUACAACAUCCUCAAGGAAUCCAAGAAGCGAGACAUCCGCGGCGAUAGGAAGCUGUUCGCAGUGUAUGAACGACUAAGAGAACAACGAGGAGCGUCCUUGCCCGAAGGCGGAAUCCCAAUCAAGGUUGUCGCCCAUGUCCCUUCCGGGGAGCGGCUGGUGGGGGUUUUCUAUCCAAAAGACCAAAGAAUAGUCCUGCUCGGAUUGGGAGAUUAUGAUGGGAAAAUACUUGUGUAG